GAGUUUUGUAAUUAUUCUGCCUUGGUAAAGUGCCACUGGAAGUUACAAACAAAGUGUUUUCCGAAUACUUUGACUUUCGACCAUUAUUCUGUGGGCAGAGCACAGGAGGUUCUCAUGUUAUGUGACUGCUCUGAAAAGAUCAUUUUUAGAGUAUUUCUUUUGCUGAAGUUGUCCUCAAUACAUGGAAUAUCACACCUUCGAUUUAGGACUCGAGAAAAGUUUGCUGAACAAUUAAAGUGAACUCAACAUCUUUUGUCUUCCAUUUGUGAUACUAUAGCAGGCAUGACUGUGUGCAUCAACUAUGAUUUGGAUGUACUCAAGAAGUGAAAGUUUCCACUGCUGUUAUUUCUGAAGAAAGCAUCCCUGAAGUGAUAUGUUCCUGAUCUGAUAAAGAUAUUUAUUGUGAGGCCAAUUGUCAUUGUAUUGAUGAAUCUGGAAGACAUGUAGAUGGUUCUCGAGCUUUCGAGUAAAUACAGUUGAACAACUACUGGUAGAAUUUUUUUCCAACAAUCGCAGUUGGUGGAAAAGUGAUUCUUUCUGUAAAACCAAAGGAAAUAGUUUUGGAAUAUCAUCUCUCUAGCAAGAAUAUCCUCAAAGAAACCUUAAGACAUUGGGUCCCAAAAUGGCACCAAUGGGUUCCUCUGAAAUACCCGCUAAGGUACCCCUUGACACUUUGGGGGUGACGCCCCGCCCUCGUCCCACCAGCAUGCCCAUCCCCCAGCUCAAUCUGGUUGGGUGUCGCUACGAACCUUACGUCCCGCCCUCCGGUGUCCGAGGCGGGCAGCACAUCCGGGACCGGAGCUGGUCCACCUGGUCAAGGCAGAGUGUCCACUCUACUCAUGUUGGUAGUGUAGGUGGAAGGGCCCACGUGGUGGCAGCCUUCGAGCAGAGCCUGUCCAACAUGACCAAUCGGCUCCAGCGCCUGACCUCCACAGCCGACCAGAAGGACAGCGAGCUCCAGGACCUGCGGGAGAAGAUCGAGCAGCUGAAGGUGGCCCACAUCAGCAACACUCAGGGACUACUCUCCAAUGGCAUAUCCAACGGAGGGGUGAUCGGCCAGAAGAAAUCCAGUAGCAACCAAGCGAGGGAAAACACAGGUACAGAAGGUCGUAUGACCCGUCAGAUGUCCACUGAUUCUAUGUCGUCAUUAGCCAGUAUGACAAGCAUGUCUAGCGUAGGAUCAGCCGUAACAGACACCGAGAUGCUGGAAUCAAAGAAGAAGAAGAAGAAAAAUUGGACAUCCUCAUCUGGUGAAAAGAUCCGAAGUUCAUUCCGAGCCGCGUUCACUCGUAAGAAGAAGAUGAGCGGUACGAUAACGGACACGGAAGAUAUGGAGAGCAACGUAUCGUUAUCGAACGGGAGUAUCCCGAGCAACGGGCAGCUUAAAACGUCCGCAUCCACCUCAGCGAUCUACGACUCGCCGGAGAGUAAAGAAAUGAUCACCGAUCUUAAGAAGCAACUGAGGGACAAGGAGAGUAAGUUGACCGAUGUCAAGUUAGAGGCCUUGAGUUCACAGCAUCAACUCGAUCAGCUGAAGGAAGCUAUGAACAAAAUGAAGAACGAGAUGAGUGUAUUAAAGCAAGAGAACGAGAGAUUACAGAGGCAAGUCUCGUCAAGAAGAUCAUUAGAAGCCAACUCUUCGCAAGCUUCCUUAAAUUCACUAGGUUCAUCAAAGAGACUCAGUAGAGAUUCUCUUGAUCGUCACAGAUUAAGUACACAUUCAGACCAUGGCAGUCUGGAUAUCUUAUUAGACGAUAACUCCGGUAUGACGAGCAACAGCAAACGUAUCGUCGUCACGGUAGCACUCGGCGGCCUUCAAGAUCCGUUGACCCAGCCUACAACGGUCUCCACACCUCUUCAAGAAGUUCUGAUAGGUACGAUAGGCAUCAGUAGCAAGACAAAUUGGGAUACGUUAGACAGUGUAGUUAGGAGAAUAUUCAAGGAGUAUGUGCUGAGAAUAGAUCCUGUGACCAACCUCGGCCUAAGUUCUGAAAGCAUCAUGUGCUACGUAGUGGGUGAGAUCAUGAGGACGAAGGAAUCGGAAUCACCGGAGCUUCUACCCUGCGGGUAUCUCGUCGGAGAAAACACUUCCAUCAGGAUAUUCGUAAAAGAUCAUUUACAGAACAGCUGCGAUUCCUUGGUGUUCGAGACCCUCAUCCCGAAGCCCAUCAUGCAACGCUAUGUAUCCCUUCUCAUGGAACACAGACGGAUCAUCAUGUGUGGACCCAGCGGGACGGGAAAGACAUACCUGGCGCAGAAACUUGCAGAGUACAUCGUCCACAGAUUAGGGAAAGAUGUGACACAAGACUCCAUCAACACCUUCAACGUUGAUCACAAAUCUGGGAAGGAACUUAAGCAAUAUUUAUCAUCGAUAGCAGAGCAGUGUGAGACAGGCGGUAAUGACAUGCCCCAGGUUGUGAUCCUUGACAACCUACAUCACGCUGGUGCCCUUGGGGACAUCUUCAGCGGCUUCAUCAAGUACCAGAAGUGCCCCUACAUCAUUGGCACCAUGAACCAAGCGACGUGCUCCUCAACGAACCUACAACUCCACCACAAUUUCAGAUGGGUGCUGUGUGCCAAUCACAUGGAGCCUGUCAAAGGCUUCCUGGGGCGCUACCUCCGCAGGAAGCUGGUGGAGUACGAGAUCGGCCACAACACCCGCAACAACGACCUGAUCAAGAUGGUGGACUGGAUGCCCAAGGUCUGGCUUCACCUCAACAAGUUCCUGGAGACCCACAGCUCUUCGGACGUGACCAUCGGACCAAGGUUGUUCCUGUCCUGUCCUAUCGACCUGGCAGGGUCUCAGGUCUGGUUCACCGACCUGUGGAACUACUCCAUUGUGCCCUAUCUCCUGGAGGCUGUCAGGGAAGGCCUACAGCUCUACGGGCGCAAGGCAUCAUGGGAAGACCCUGCGGAGUGGGUGAUCGACAGCUACCCCUGGAUGGCCAGCUCCUCCCAGGACUGGCCCUCACUUCUCAGGUUACGACCGGAGGAUGUCGGCUUCGAUGGCUACAGCAUGCACUCAGGGGUCAAGGGGUCAACGCAGGGUCAGCAAGGUCAAGGAGAGGUCGAAGGUGACCCUUUGUUCAACAUGCUAAUGAGACUCCAAGAAGCGGCCAACUGUCCCAACUCGCAUUCUUGUGACAGCGACAGCGUGGACUCGAUGGGUAUGAGCAGUGAGGACAUCUCUGUGGAAAUCACUGUCUGAAGAAGCUCGCACAGCCCCACCACAAUCUUGACCCACCCAUGGAUAGGAUGUAAAGUCCUAGGUGUGCACUCCUGGAUUUCCAGUAACAAUGGACUGGGAAAGAGAGUGUUGUCAACAAACGCCUUCAGCAUCCACGCAAAAGGGAAUGAUUUAUGUUUAGAACUUUAAAACUGAUGAUGAUGCCUUCGUUUGGACUUGGCAGUUUGGGGAAUAAAUAAGUCGUGUUUUGCGGCGUAAUCGGCGGGACAUUGAGCUAGAGGAGGUAUGGUGACUUGGCUUCCGUAAUUUUUUUUCAAGAAAUCAAAUUCAGUCACUUCAUAGCUGUAUAGAGACUGUGUGUUGGAUGCAUCUGUAGUAGUGAGGCAUAUAUGGACCUGAAUGACCUUUGCCUUAGGACAAUGUACAACGCGAUGCCCAGUAUCCAUUCAUUUUGUGUGUAUUAUGCAGAGAUGGAAAGCCAGACUGAGAGACUAAGGUUACUGAUGACAUAUCACUUCCAGCAACAAGGAAUACUGAGAUAUUGAGUGAUGAUUGUGGUGAUGUUGUGAUUUUAUAUCAUUCUUUCAUUUCGAUGUGGAGUAUGUUUUUUCGUGUCGUUUUCGAUGAAGUGCUUUACUACCGAAUUCAGCAAUACUUAACGGAGCAGGGACUCCGCCCACGGACCGACUGAUUGUAGGAGGUGAUUUUUAAAUGGACCAAUCAGGUCUGCCGGAUAGAUCUGAAGACCAACCAGAUUGCUUGCAAUUUUUCAGUGCUUCAUAGAGACAUUGCUCCAUUGUUUGUGCGUGAUGCGGACGAGAAAAGCAAGUGCAAGAUCAUCAUUAAACUGUGCAGCAAAAAAAAAUAUGCAUUAUGUAACGAGGAAUCGUUAAUAGAGUAUUACACGACAGAAUGGCACCAUUUAUUGUUCGAUGGAGGAUGGCAGGCUAUUCUGCAAAACAUAGACAAUGUUAAUUAAAUUUAGUUUUACAAAAGUGCAUUAUGACAGAGUUGUCAUGUAGUAUACAUGUAAUUACAUGUACAUGCUUACCACACAUUGAUGGUGUACAAAAAAAAUAUAUAUAUGUCUAUAAUUUUGUAUUAUAUGAUUUCAAAUUUGUGCAAAAUGUAGCAAAGCUAAAAAGUUGAUGCCAUUUAAAUUCUUGUAUAGAUAUUUUAUCGUUCACUUGUACGUAUGGGUCUGAAAUGUAUUACCUAUUUAUAUGCAUGCUUGUGAUUGUAUAUAAUGUUUUGCAACGCACUUUAAAAUAUUAAUUUAUUUUAGAUGAGAUACGGUGAGAUGCUACGCUUCUUACAAACUCUAUUAUGUGCAAAUAUAUUUCAUUUGUGAUCGAGCAUGAGCCUGCUUUUUCUUUGAGAUUAAUUUUAGCUGAAAAAAGGUAACUAGUUUGUCCUUAAAACGUCAUUUAUUCAGCAUUCUUAGUCUGUCUUUUCAUGGAAACUCAAAUUUUAGGGUGUCACUAUCGAUGUUAUUAUCUAAGUACUAUGUUCUACUUAUUUAAUGUUUAAGUUCUAUUUAAGUACUACUUAAGUACUGGCUAUAAGUACUAUGUUUGUACUAUGCUUGGCAGUGUCUCCUAAAGCUUAUUAACUUCUUUAAAGCAAGUUUCCACUACAUAAUCCAGCUCUAUGUGAUGCAUAUUCGUAAAUGUCAUUUCUUUUAUCCACAAAUUCUUCUUCGGCUGACAUGAUUCAAUUAAAAAUAAGUUGUCUUGUUGGAGCAAGAAGGUUGAAACAGUUGCUCACUUGGUCUCACAAAGUCCCAUACUAAAUGGGCGGUGUUCUGAUAGCAUGGUUUAGUUAAACCUGGGAUUAACUUAGACCACACUUUUAUGGAGUGCCACUUGUCAACUAAUUCCCAAAAUAAAAAUUGUUCAAAUACAGCUGCAAAAAGUUGUCAAUAAAUUAGUUGAAUUGUGAAAUGGGAAGAAUAGGAAAAUAUUUAAAAACAUGAAUUUUAAUUAAUUUAGUUGGUACAUUAUGACUACCAAGACUAUGGAAGAAAUAUUAAGCAGCCCAGCAUUCCAUAGAAGUGUGGUUUAAAAUUGUAGUUAAGACAGGGCUAAACCGGUUUAAUAAUCAGAAUACCUUCCAUUUGGUCUACUAUCAAUAUGAUUUAAUAUUGUCUAACAACUAAAUUCUAUACCAAAAAUAGGUAUAGCCUAUGAUAAUAAUAAGAUGGAAAUCAGACUAAAAUGCUGAGUAGACGAACUGGUUAUAGAUGAUUAGACCAUGUCAGAUCAGAUGACACGGAAAGUAGACCAAGCCAGAGUAAACCGGUCUGUAAUUUCCACAGUGGACAUACCACCUUUUGGCAGUAAAGUGAAAAGAGCAUUUCACCUACCCCAAUGCCAUUGAUCAUUUCUCUUGAUGUGUUUUUUUUUGCAGUAUUUGUGUAUAGAACCAUUUCAGUGCAAUUUGUUGUCGAAGUUAAUUUUUACUUACUAUUUUUUCUAUUUUAUAAUUUUUUUAUGAGGAAUUAAGGUGCUCUUUGCUUGGAAUCCUUGAUUUUCUUCAAUUUUUUAGAAGUUUUUGAACCAAUGUUCUCAUUUUUCAUUUAAUCUCUAUGUGUAUGUCAGAAUUUAUGAAUGUUUUUUUUAAAUCCUGCCUAAUAUUUUAGAAUAUGCGUGUCAUUGGAAGUGGAAGAAUAUUGAUUUUAAUUGAACUUUUAUCAGACAAUUGUUUCUGAGAAAAGUUACAAAUAAUUGUCCGAGUAUUUUCAUCAAAAUACUUUUCUUUUUAAGUUCUACGAUUUCAAAGUAAAUUUCAAAUGCAAAAUAUCCUGAUUUCUCUGGAAGGGAAAAAUGGCAUUACAAAUAAUUCCAGUAAAUACUGAGUUGUUUGUGAGGUGAAGCUGUAUUUGUUAGUUUUGUGCCAAAGCAAAUUUUUGAUGAAUUUUACAUUAUAAAAUUUUGAGAAUUUUAUUUUCCAAACAAUUUUCAUUCAAUCCAGAACAAAAUUUACUCAGACAGUCGCGACUAUUAGUCAUAAUAGUAAUUACAAUCAGUUCUUAGAGACGCAUAAUACCAUAUAAAUCGUGUGGUACGUUAUGACUGUUGUCUACCGUUAGACAAUAAUUGAACUGAUGGAUACAUGUAGGUGAAAUACAAUGUCUGUGAAAUUGAUUCAUAUAUGUUGCAAAAUGAAAGAACUGUUUGCCAUGCUACGAGUAUGGUGCUUCAGUGCUUUUUUCCCCAAUUCAUGUAGUCAAAAUGAUUGACCAACCAUCAGGCAAAUUCUUUGAUAUUUAGUCUGUAGUCUGUGGCUUCUCUUUAAGAAUAGGUCAUCACAUGUAAGUUACACUGUAGGCAUUUUUAGUUUUUACAUGUACAUGCACUGUACGAGCUAUACACAUUAUAAGUGAACAAUUGCUUGAUAGCCGGCUACACAAUAGACAAGCAAAAUAUUUUGUUAUAGCAAGGAGUUACCAGUUUUAGUCGACUUGAGAUCAAUGUUUAACUUAUCUCAUGAAUACCGUUUUUUGCGCACUUAUCAUUUAAGUCUAUGUCCACUGCACAUGGAUUUGUGUACAUGUGUACAAAAUGUCUACGCACUUAGCUGGAUCAAGGAAAUUGUGCUUACCUGUUUUAUCUUGCAUUCUGCCUUUUUAUAAAUUAAAAACAACUUUUUAUUUCACUUUUUUAUUUUGAUUUUAAAUUAAUGUUCAGUGUUUUGUGACAAACAUACAUUAAAUGAAAUGUAGGACUGCGGAUUUUCAUGAAGAAGUUAUAUGCAUGAGUAAAUGAAAGGGUGAUUUUUCCCUUUCUUUGUAUAAAACUAGUGCAAAAUUUGACGACUACUAUAUAGUAAUUUUGUAUAAAAGAGAAAGAUAUUAUAAAAGGAAGAAAGUUUCCAAGAUUUAUGAUGUGGUUUAUAUAAUUGUGAUUUUUCUAAAGAUGAUUCUUUGUUUUGUGUAAAAUCUAGUACUUCUCACUUUUUUGCUGAAAAGUAAAUAUUUCCUCCCAAAUCACAAUAAAAACAAACUAUUUCAAAGCA